GGUUAACAUUUACCAACAACAACAACAACAACAAUAAUAAUAAUGUUAAUCAUGAUGGAAUGAUGAUUAUUACAUCCAAUUUAGUAGAAAAUACUUUAAUACCAUCGUUGCCUUUUUUAAAUGACCAAAAACAAUAUCAUAAUCUAUCGACAUUGAAUACCUAUCAUAAUAAUCAUCAUCAUCAUCAUCAUUAUCAUAAUCGCCAGAAUCAUCAUCAUUGGUUUAAAAGGAAACGAUUGAAACAUUCGUCCAAUGGUCAUCAUCAUCAUCAUCAUCCACCAUUAUUGAUACCGAAUCCAUCUGAAACAACAACAACAACGAAGACAACUACGACUACAAUGACCACAACAACAACAACAACAACAAAAUCACCAUCGCCUUAUUAUCAAAAUUAUUAUCAGGAUGAAUUAUCGUCAUCAUCAUCAGAUUUAUAUUCAAUGAAUGAUCCAGAUUCAAAUUAUCAAUUACCAUCUAAAACCGUACAUAGAAGACGUAUGACGAAAAUGUUGAAUGAAGAAUUAUCCUAUCUAUCAUUAUUAACAGUACCGAUGAUAGCUUGGUUACCGCCUAGUUUAUUUAUGGAAACAGUGGCUGUAUUAAUAUUAACAAUGCAAGCAUUGGCUGGUGGUUGUUUUCUAUAUGCAUUACAACGUAGUGAACCAUAUCGUAAAUGUCGUAUUCUAACAAAACAAAUGUCAUCAUCAUCAUCAUCAUCAUCAUCAUUAUCAUCAACAUCGUUGUUAUCACCGACUGUUAUACUGGGCGAAGCAGAUAAUGUUUAUGUUCCAAUAUUAUCAUCAACGUCAUCAUCGAAUACGGAAAUUGCUAUGCCAUCAUCAACAACAACAACAACAACAACGAUAAAUAAUGACGUAUAUUGUCCAAUAACAACAACAACAACUACAAGUGGCUAUAAUCAUCAUCAACAUGAACAUCAAUAUCAUAUCAAAUUACCAGUAGAUAUGGAUCCAUUCUGUUGAACAAUGUGUCAAACAAACAACCAAUAAUGAUGAUGACAAGACUUAUUUAAAACAAAACAAAAAAAUUCUUACUUUACACACACACACACACACACAGAAUACAGAAUACAGACAAACUUAAUUGAAAGAAUUUUUUUUUCUUUUGUCAUUGAUGUGUUAGUAGUUUGUUUCAAACAAAAAAAAAAAAAAUUCUUGUUCUACGACAACGAUUUUACACCAAAAACACACACACACACAAUCAAAUGUACAAUGAAAUUGCGAAAAAAAAAUUGAUAAUAAAAAGUGAAGAAAAAAAACUAAAUGAAAAUUGCUGAGAAAUUUUUCAGGAAUUUGCCCUGAAAAAAAAGGAGUAAUGAUGAUGAUGAUGGUGAUGGUGGUGGUGGUCGAAAAUAAAAUUUUCAAAAACAUUUCUUAAGAAAAAAAAACCGAGUAUAAAACAAAACCGGAAACGGAAAUGAGCAAAACAUUUGCCAAAUGUUUUAGUUUCAAAUUGCAAACACACACACACACACACCAGAAUACUGUCUUGCUGAUUAGAAGAAAUUAUGAUGCAAUUUCAAAUGAUGACGACCAGAAAGAAAGAAAGAAAGAAAAAAAAGACAAACGACAAAAUGAAUUCAUGAACAGCGAAAAACAAAAAACGAGAUAACGAUGAGAAUAAAAUAAAAGUUAGGAAGAAAAAAAAAGAACGGAACUCACAAAAAACGCAUGAAAUCGAAUUCAGUUAAAUUCUUGCAGAAGAAAAAAAAUGAAUUAAAUUAUUUUCAUUUGA